AUGGUCUCAAGAGCUAGUCUUUCCGCUACCCUUCCCCCAACAAUCCCGGAAAGGGGAGGGAGGCUGGUGACGUCAUCAUCCGGGCACUCAACGGCGGGGCCACGGUUCACAAUGGAACAAAAACAAGCGGCCCAAGUAAGAGGAGGUGGAGGAGGAGGGCUAGGGGGCGGGUCCUGUGAUGGGCGGAGCUUCACGGGGGCGGGGAACUUUACUGCUUUGGGCGGUGCUGGGGCUAGUGGGAGUCUGCGCCGCCGCGCUGCUGCCUCCGCCGCCACCAGUGCUGCUGCCGCCGCCGCCGCCACAGCCGCCGCCACUGGCCGAGCGGUUUUUUUUUCUCUUUUUCUUUUUUUUCUUUCUUUUUUUCUUUCUUUUUUUUUUUUUGGUUUGCCGGAUCCGCCAUAUUGGCGAGGACGGGCGUCCGCGGCUGCGGAAGCUAGUCUCCGCCGCCGCCGGAGCCGCAACCUCACAGAACCCGGCCCGUCCGGGCCUCUGCCGCGCGGAGCCCCUCCCCGCGUUGCUCAGCCCACAGGCCUCGCGGGAGCCCGCCGCUGCCGCCUCUCUCCCGGGAGGCGGCCGCCUCAGCCCCCGGUGCUCCGGUCGGCGCCGGGAGCAAGGAGCAAGCCGCAGCAAAGCGACCAGGCCCCGAGCGGGGACAGAGGCGGCGACCAGGGAAAGGUGAAGCCGCCACUGCAGGAGGAGGAGCAGGAGGAGGUGACGCAGGAGAAACGCACCGCCCGGAGCCCGUUUGAGGCGAGCGAGAGCCCCGGCCCGAGGGGAGAAGGGGGAAGAGGGCCGCCGCCGCCGGCAGAGGAGGAGGAGGAGGCGGCCGCGGCCACCGCUGCUGCUGCAGGGCGGGCGCGGCGAGCGGCGAAUUCCGACGCCCCCUGUGCAGCUCCCUCGUCUUCACGCCUGCAGUCUUUCGACACACUUUGUCGCCCGUCACCGCUGGGCCUGGGGUGCGCCCAGGGACGGCCUUGUCCCGGGACUGAGUGAUUCUCGCAGUUGCCUGCUUCCUCCGCCUGUCCUGGUUCUGAGGAGAAGACGCCUGUGUCGUGCGGAUCUUGAAAUAAAUUUUCUGGCCUCUCAA